AUGAGCCUAACAGAGAGGCUCUCCACGAAAACUCAACGUCGCGAUCACGUGAAUAGGCGCUUCUUCCGCGCUCACGGGAAACGCUCGUGGUCACUGCUGUUCGCAACGAUGAGCGCGGCCGCUGCUGACCUAAAGGCGCGCCGACGGGCAGACUACAGGUACUUCCUCACUUAUCGUUCUCGCUGGAGCGACAACGACCAGUAUGCCCAUAUCAACAACUCCGUCUACUACCACCUCUUCGACUCCAUAGUCAACACAUACCUCAUCACUCACUGCGACCUCUCACCUACCGCAUCCCCUUUGAUUGGCCUUGUCGUCUCUUCCUUCUGUUACUUCUUCUCCCCGUCGUCCUUUCCCGACGUUCUGGACCUUGGCCUCCGAGUCUCCAAGCUCGGGUCCAGCUCCGUCACCUAUGAAGUCGGUGUGUUUCAGGAAGGCGAGGAUGUGCCCAGUGCGGUCGGGGGAUAUACGCACGUCUUUGUAGAUAGCGAGAGCAGGAAGAGCGCACCCAUGGCUGAUCAAACACGCAGAGCAUCUCCAUCCCCCACCCCCGGCGCUGAAGAGAUAAUGCGACUUACAACAAGGCUUGGCGAAGCACCAGAUUUUGUUUUUUUAGAUAUAUUUAUCGGAGCUAAAUAUCAGCAUUUUACCAUUAUGGCUGGACAAACAUGCUCAUUCCUAUACUGUUUCUGA